UUUGUUUUAAAACAAAAGAUGAACAUAUACCAAUACAACCCCGUGGCAAAAUAUGGGUACAACAGGGGUAAAUGGCCGCCCGGUGUAAGCAAGUUGAAACACCAGGACCUGUACGUGAGUACAGACUCUCAUACCUCUAUAGUAUUCCCCGAGUUUACCAAGUAUGCCAUCAAAGUUUCAACAACCUACCUUGAUGACUCUGUUAGUGUGGGGUGGAAAGAGCAACCGCUUGAUUAUUGGAAUAUCCGGGUUAAUUUCGCCACUUAUUGUGCAGCCACCGCAUUAGGCAUGUGCCAAGCACAUGACGGGAUCCGUACCCCUCAUUAAAAGUUAAGAAAAGUCACAAAAAUUCAAGGAAUUUUAUCCAGUUCUUAAAAAGUUAUGAGACUUUGAAAAUGCCGCGGGCACUUUAUGCCCCUUAUGCCCCUACUGACCAGAAAAGUAAUGACGUCAGCCGGGGCCACAUCCAAAUAUGGAAAAAGUGACACCUAGUGGUUUUUGUAUUCAAAUCAACCAAAAAAUAGAUUCUAAUCAAAAAAUUACUUUUAAAAAGUCUCUGCACACGAAAAUCUAAUUUGUAACAUAGUUACCUUCACUAUGCCUGUCUGUCAGUGGCCAGAAGGAUAAUCUUUUCAGGAAAUCGAAAUUGUUAAGGUGGGAAAAUUACGCUGAGUCUCAAACCUUUUUCCGCGGUCAAAUCUAUUGUUCUAUGCUGACAUGGUCAAUAUCGGGAAAUCGUUUGUUUUGAGAGGGAAUGGCCUCGCUUACCUGAACAAAAUAAUUAAUUGUUGUAUUCUUUAAGAGGGUAAGAUGUGACCGCGCCGAUUGUGUGCUCAUUGAUUGAUUGUAAUUCGGGGGUGGCUAUGAGGUGGAUUUGAAUUUUAGAGAUCUGCUUUGACAUUGGUUUGCGUAUAAACUUUCGUUCGAGAGAAACGGAAUUUGAUAUCCUCGAAGAAAGCUUAGUUAAAUAGGCUAGUCCGUCAACUGAAUCAAGUUGCUUAAGCAACAGCACCUUGUGGAUGAUUUUUACACGAGUUAGCAUUCUUACAUCUUUUAACCUUAACUGGGAUAAGAAUAUGCUAAGAAUAUCCCAGCAAGAUUUCGACCCUGUAGUUAGGAAUAUUUAGCUAUGUUGAAACGAAAAAACAGUAUUCUUAUAAAAAAGUGUAUACACACAACACCAUGAAUCUGAAAAUUUCGCAAUUUAUCAAAUUAUUAAGUAAAGAAAUUUUAGUACUUUCAAUUCAUGUUUUUUAUGAAAGAUUUAUGACAAUAAUGGAAUUUAUAAUACUGCAUUAACGGGAGAAAGAAUACUUAAUAAAUAAAAUGUAAAAUAAGAAUAAAAAUAUCUUUCUGCUGAUUAUUUUCAAAUACAGUUAGUUUUUAGUUUUUCUUUUUUUCCCCAAAAAUAUAACUAUCCAACGACAAAAAAAGACAUCUAAAGGUAACACAAUUUCGAAGAGGAUUAAAAAGAACUUUUGUAAUGGCUAUCCCAAUUGCAAAAAUUAUCCUCAUAGUUGGAAGCGCAAUAUUGUUCAUCUUCCUGGCUGGCUGCUGCGGUGGAAAUGCAUGGCUUAAGCGAGACACAGUUGAUUUUCAACGAGGCCUGUGGAAAGAUUGUGUGCGUGACAUGUGCUCGAAGAUUGAAAAUGCUGUCGACUGGGUGGAAGCUGUCCGAGCAUUUGCGGUUCUCGCGCUCGUCGCAAGUAUUAUAUGCUUAAUUUUAUUAAUCCUCAUCCUUGCAACAGGACAAGGGAAAGGAUACUACAUAUCAUUUUUUGCUCUUUUAGCAGGAGGUUUUAUAGCGUUAGCGCUAGUUGUUUUCACUGUACACAGAAAAAAAGACCUUUUAGAAUUCGGUUGGAGUUAUGUUUUUGGUUGGAUUGGAAUGACAGUUGCAGCAGUAAUCGCAGUGAUCGGAGUUCUUGCUGCAAGAGCUGGCUGUUGCCUACGUCAACCUCAGGUCAAAUGGCUAUUACUGAUGCAUUUUGCAAAGGCAUUGGAAAUUCUGUGGCUUGUUUUUUUACGUUUUCUACCUAGUGGGCAUGCUCAAUGUUUCUCAAAGCAAAAUUAGAAUAUUGCGUCACACGGAAAGGGAUCUCUACCAGCAAAUCUAGCACAAUGUGCAUGAGGACAGGACGUCAUGCGAACAUCCUAUUUGCUAAGCAAAUAUUUGUUAUCAAACAUUUAUCAUCUUCAACUAAUUCUGAGAUCUGUUCUCUUAAAAAAAGGUGAAAGGGAUUGAAAGCUAACAGGGUACAAUGAAAGUGUUUUUUUUGCGGUUAUUUUAGAGCUAAAAAGUCAUUGUGCCUGUACGACAAAUACUUUCCGAUGAAUUAAUAAUAAGAAUUUACGCAGGCAUAUAGCUAUGUUAUGUGAAAUAUGAUCAAUUGCAUAUUCCCCCGGGCAUUAUGUUUUAGGGUUAGGGCUAAUAUACUUAAUUUUCUGAAUUUAUCACAAUCCCAGUAGUAUAUAAAUCGUGAUAUUUGAUUUGCAUGCAACAUUGAGAGGAGUCAGUUGCUUUAAUUUAUAUCAGGUCGGAUAUUCUUGAUGUUUUAUAAACAUAACGGCGAAUUAGCCAGAUACUUUAGGAGAGCUUUAUUUGUUCUUGUAUUAUUCAAGGCAAAAUGGAAAUGCUAUCAGUUUGA